AUGCGUUUCUACAAGAAAGAAUUACCGGACGUCGACGAGGUGGUUAUGUGCCAGGUGCAGCAGAUCGCCGAGAUGGGUGCUUACGUCAAGCUGCUCGAAUACGACGGCGCCGAGGGAAUGAUUUUGCUUUCCGAACUUUCAAGACGUCGUAUCCGAUCUAUUCAAAAACUCAUCCGUGUCGGCAGGAACGAGGUGGUUGUCGUGUUGCGUGUCGACAAGGAAAAGGGCUACAUUGACCUCUCCAAGCGUCGUGUCUCGCCCGAGGAUGUGAUCAAGUGCGAGGAGCAGUUCACCAAGUCCAAGGCGGUGCACAGCAUCAUCGCGCACGUCGCCGGUAAGCUCAGCCGCGAGGUGGAGGAGCUGUACGAUACGAUUGUCUUCCCAUUGCACGAAAAGUAUGGCCACGCCUUUGACGCCUUCAAGCUUGCCAUUCUUGACAUGGACAAGACUUUCGAGGGCAUCCAGAUGGACGAUGACGUGCGCAAGGAGCUGUACGCCAACAUUGCACGACGAAUGACCCCGCAGCCUGUCAAGAUCCGUGCCGACGUUGAAGUCACCUGCUUCGGCUACGAGGGUAUCGACGCCGUCAAGAAGGCGCUCCGUGCAGGCGAGGCUGUCUCGACCGAGGCGAUCCCUAUCAAGAUCAAGCUUGUCGCACCACCCCUCUACGUUCUCAUCACCAACUCGACCGACAAGGUCGGCGGUAUUGCAUUGAUGGAGCAGGCGCUUGAGAAGAUCACCGAAAGCAUCCGUGCCAACGGAGGUGACGUAGACAUCAAGAUGAAGCCCAAGACGGUGUCCGAGGUGGAAGACCAGGAGCUGGAGCAGCUCAUGGCCCAUUUCGAAAAGCAGAAUGCCGAAGUUGAGGGAGACGAGGACUCGGAAGGCGACGACUAA